ACUUCCGCUACACAUACCGCUGACUCGCAGAAAACAAAAUGGUGGUUCUUCGAGCCCAAGUAAUUUUUGCAGGUGACCCAUGUGUGGGUAAGAGUGCCCUAACACAAACGUUUCACAGCGAUGGUACACACUUUCCGAAAAAUUAUACAAUGACAGCAGGAGUGGAAGUGUGUAUUAAGUCUGUUAACAUCCCAGAGACUUCUGACAGUGUGGAACUCUACAUUUAUGACUCUGCAGGAAAAGAAAUGUUUGCAGACAUAGUACAACAACAUUGGACACAGCCAAACAUGUUCCUUGUGGGUUAUGAUGUGACAAAUGAACAGUCAUUUAAUGCCUGUAACAAGUGGUAUGAGAGAUGCAGAGCAAAAAAACCAAACCAAAGUUUACCAGGUGCCCUGGUUGCCAUUAAAACAGACCUGAAACAAAGACGAUUAAUAUCAACAAAACAAGGCAGAGAUCUUGCCAUUUCUAAAGGGCUUGAAUACUUUGAGUGCUCUGCGAAAGACCAUGAGAACGUGGAAGCUCCAUUCUACUACUUGGCUAAAGAGUUUCACAAUCUUUACAAGGAGAAAGUUGAACAGAUGAAGACAUUGACAUAGGAUUUUCAUUUUCGUCGUGUUCUCUCCUUGAUGAGAGGGGAGGUCGAUCUUUUCAUUGCACAACUUUUAUUUAUUCCGAAAAGCGUUCUUGAAAAUAGAAGUGUCUACCUUUCUUCAACUCAAGGGACUUAUAUUAGGAUUUAGCUUCUUGAGGAUAUUUCAGCCCAAUCUCUUAAAGUUAGUUUAUUUAUUAUUGUUAUUUUCUCAUGUAAAAUACUGGCAAGUUCUAGUUUAUGUUUAGUGUUUAAGCAUUCUGGGAACGCAUGUAGCUACCAUUCUACUCAAUCCAUGAGAACUGACUCAUAAGCUAUGUUUUCACCUUGCUUGAGGCAAGGUCCUUCACGUUAAAAAUGUUAAAUGAUAUUGAUAUAUAAAUGUAUCACUAUUUUAACACAUUUCUGUAAGGUCCAAAGAGAUUAUAUUAACUGAUACUCUCUUAGAAGAUCGGAAAAUGUUGAAAAAGCAGAUAUAAAAACCUAAGAUAGCGUUAGUGAUCAUUUUUUUAACCCUUUCCAUCUUAGCAUUUGUGUUUAUAUUCUCCACACUGUCUCUUUACAUUUCCAAUGAUAAUAACAAGGAGAAUUUGUGUGACAAUCAGGAGCUUCUUAAAUUGGUGAUCCUUCCCUUCAUUCUCAUGACCGUUACAUUAUAUUCAAGGGUGGUAUUGUAAGGAGAAAUCAGAAGCCGGACACUCUUAGGGGUUAAUGGAUUAAAGAAGUUUCGUUUAUCGAUCACAAA